AGAAAGAGCCUCCCCCUCCCGGCGCUGGUCAAGCACGAGACGAAACGCUCCCCGGCUUGCGCGCAGCUGCCAAGAAACAGGGCACGGCCGACGUCGCUGUCGCCGCUGCACUACAAGUAGGCGCGCGCAUCCCUCAUCCUCGCUGCAACCCGCUCAAAGGACCAAUAGAUAUUCAAAUUGUGAGAGAAAUUAUUCAGCAGGCCGAGGCGAUGGCGAACCUGUUCCUGAAGCAGGCGAAGCAGUACGUGGCGACGCGGCCGUCCUACCCGCCGGAGCUCUUCGACUUCAUCGCCUCCAAGACGCCCCGCCGCGACCUCGCCUGGGACGUCGGCACCGGCAACGGCCAGGCCGCAGCAUCGCUGGCGAAGCUUUACAAGGCCGUGGUGGGCACGGACACGAGCGCGCAGCAGCUCGCCCACGCGCCGCCCCUCCCCAACGUGCGCUACGUGCACACCCCGGCGGACCUGCCGCUCGCCGGGAUCCACGGCGCCGUCGCGGCGCCGGCCUCCGUCGACCUCAUCACCGUCGCGCAGGCCUUCCACUGGCUCGACCUCCCGCGCUUCUACGCGCAGGCCCGCUCCGUGCUGCGCCCCGGGCGCGGGGUGCUCGCGGCCUGGUGCUACACGGAGCCGCGCGUCGGCGCCGCCGUCGACGCCGUGUUCUGGCGCCUCUACCGCGGCUCGGCGCCGCACUGGGCGCCCAACCGCCGGAUGGUCGACGACGAGUACCGCGGCGCCGACUUCCCCUUCGACCCCGUCGACGGCGAGGCGCACACGGGGCCCUUCGAGUUCUCCACGGAGCGGCGGAUGGACCUGGACGACUACCUCAUGUACAUCACGUCGUGGUCGGCGUACCAGACGGCCAAGGACAGGGGCGUCGAGCUGCUCGACGAUGCGACGGUGCACGAGUUCGAGGCCGCUUGGGGCUCAGAUCGGAAGGAGGUGAAGACGGUCACGUACCCAAUCUUCCUCAGGAUCGGCAAGGUGAGGGCCGAAGAAUGAGAUGUGCAACACCCAACAAACAAGUUGACGAUGGAUACAAUAAUACCGGACGAAGCGACUACUAGGAAUUUGCACUGAUGAUAACCUUUCUCUAGAAAGGUUUCUUUUUUUAUUGACUGUUAUACAUUUUUUUGGUUCAGAACGUAUUUGAAAUUGUAAUGCAGCUUUUUGUAAUUUAAUUUAUUAUUGGGUGUUGUAUUAAAGAUUGUUUGUCAGAGUGUAUGCAUACUGUGAGUCUGUGACCACAGAGUACCCAAACUAGUGUUCCCUGUCGGCUUAGCCUGCCUGCCUGAGUGCCUGACAGGAAUUUCCACCGGUUCCACUGUCGGGUUGAGGCAAAAACCGUGAAGAAAAACAAGAGCGGACAGGAGCUUUUCAA